AUGUCUUUGGCCACUGACCUUUGGCACCUAGAUCACUUGGAUUCUGGCGGUGCUAAUUUCCUAUAUAACCCAGAGCAAGGCAAAGCUAUAGGAAAUGGAGUCAACAGAGCCUCAGCUGUCAUUGGAGAGGUCACCGUCCUCUACACUCUGGUCUUCCUCAUAUGGUACAUGUUCUAUUGUAAGGGUACCUACCACACCAACAAGGCCGAGGGAGCUGAGUCAGCUGAGAGCACAGAUGCCGCCACCAUGAACAGUGACUCCCAACUUCACAGAGGCCAUUGA